AAUUACGAUAUAAUAUUUCACACAAAAAAAAUUACCCUAAUAAAUUUACGAUCCUUUUCUUCUCCGUUUUACAAUAUCCAUCCAUGGCGACCACCGCCGCCGGCGACACGCAAGUUUUGGACUCCGAUUCUCCUCUCUGCGAGAGCCAGGGUGGCGAUGUCGCUGCCGACGAGACUCAGAUCUUGCUCGCCGAGACCCAGACGCUCCAGCACGAUGCCGCCUGGAGUCUCGAUUUAUACGGCAAGACUCAGCUGGUGGAUGCUUGGGGUGAGAACUCCGCCGUGGAUGAUGCUGGCGGGGAGACGGAAGCGCUGAGCCAAGACGAGCAGGGAGUAUCUCGCGAUGGGGCCAACUGUAGUGAUCGAGGCGACGGAGUGAGCGGGGAGCGGACGAACGGCGGUUGGGUCGACCCUGAUGCUUCCACAGAUGAUGAGCCUGACGGGGCCAAUGGGGAGGGGAAGGAGGACACUUGGGUCGAUCCUGAUGCAUCCACUGAUGAUGAGGCUGGCAAUAGUAAGCUGGAACUGAUGAGUGAGGUUAAACCUUGCGAGAAUAAUGGCUGCACACUUAAGAUGAACAACAAAGUUCAAAAAGAAGAAUCACCAUAUUUGCUCACAUCAAAUUAUCGUGUUGAAGCAUUAAGCUAUGUAGGUUCUCAUGCGCCAGGGAAUCUCACCCAAGCAAAUGCAACGGAAGUUGUAGAUAAUUUUCUUUCAAUUGAUUGCGUGGAAUCCUCUCAAGAAGGUACAAAUGGUGAAACUGAUACCUUGAAUCCCGUUCUGGUUUCUGGUUCAACAAGAGCUAAAAUUUUUGCUGAAAAGAUGUGCCGGGGACUCCCAGAUGGAAAGGCAAAUAUCUUUGAUUGGAGUGACAAUCUUGAGGUGGAGGGAGGAUGCCAAUUUGUUUGUGAAAGAAGAGAUUCCUUCUCAUCUAUAGGUAGGGAGAAACAAAGCCAUCCACCUAAGUCAAGGUGUACAGGAGAAUGUAUUAAGAGAAGGGAGAUGGAAGGAGCAGCAUCUGAAGUCUGUAAGAAAGUCGAUAGGUUAGUUCAGUCUGAUUCAAUGAUGACAGCAAUGAAAAAUAUCAUCAAGGGUAUGGACGAAAAAUCAAUAACUAUAGAGACUCAUUUAGAAACACCUAAUGAAGAUGAGGGUUUGCAGAAUCAGUAUGUUGUUGGUGUUGAUACUCAAAUUGCAGCUGAGGCUAUGGAAGCCUUAUGUCAUCUGAAACCAUUUAACAUGGAAAGCAAGGAUGCUAUUAAUCCAGCAGAAGAAAUCUUGAUGGAGAAUUCUAGAAAGAAUUCAAACUUGAAAAGUGCAUCGAUUAAUAUUUUUCUUGAAAAGAGAGUUUCCACUGCUAAUUUAAAAAGCAUCAAAAGGAUAUCUAAGACUAGAAAAGUGCUUUUUGUGGAAUCAAGGAACGUGAACCUUGAUUCACCAACAAACCUCUCCAAUGAAUCGGGAAGAAGUUCAAGGAGCAGGACAAUAGACAACCAAUUGGAAGAAGAUGCUGCCUUUGUCCACCCUAAACGAAGGAGAACCAACAAAGUUGCCUCUGCCAAAAGAAACUUUAAAUCCAUUCAUAGGGCUAAAAAAAUUCGGUCAGAAGAAAUUUCAGACGCACAAAAAAAUUUUCCUAGUGGAGAAGUUCAAGCAUCAGAAACUCCCCCCAAAAGAAAGACAGCUUCACUUGCUUUUGUUGUUCAAAAUCCUCUGACAUUAUGUGACAAGGGUAUGCCAACGUCCUUGGAUUCUAAAGAACUCAAAUCAGUAGUUGCACCACCGACUCCAGUGCCCAAAGAUUUUCGCAGAAGAAAAGACAUGUCUAGUACUCGUGUUUUAUUGAGUCGUCAUUUGGAUAAGGGUACAAUCAAGCAACAAAAAAAGAUCUUGGCACGCUUUGGACUUCCAUUGGCAUCUUCAAUUUCUGACGCUACACACUUUGUUACGGAUAAGUUCGUUCGUACACAGAACAUGCUGGAAGCAUUAGCAAUGGGAAAGGCGAUUGUUACUCCUUUGUGGCUUGAGAGUUGUGGACAAGCAAGUUGUUUUAUGGAUGAAAGAAUUUACAUAUUGAGAGACUAUAAGAAGGAAAAGGAGAUAGGAUUCAACAUGUCUAUUUCAUUGUCUCAUGCACGCCAAUGUCCACUCUUGCAGGGCAAAAUGGUGUUUGUAACACCUAAUGUUGAACCAAGUCGAGAACUUAUAACAAGCCUGGCUGAGGCAUCUUGUGGUCAGGUAGUUGAGACGAUAGGGACGGCUGCAAUGUUCCGAAGUGGUGUUAUGGAUAGCCUCCUUGUUAUUUCAUGCGAGAAAGAUUACUCUAUCUGCUUCCCUCUGCUCCAAAAAGGAUUUGAUGUCUACUGCUCAGAGCUUUUACUGAAUGGCCUAGUCCUUCAGAAGCUGGAAUACGGGAGACACCAGCUUUUCAAAGACAAUCGUUAAUAUCGAUAAGAGAAAGCUCGUGGUCAGUUCAAGUAACUGGGUAUGUGGAUCGAUAUGCCAACCACUCUGACUUCGGUUAGGGUUGUGAGGUACAUGCAUUGUCAUCGUCUAUGCAGUUUCCUUGGAUGGUAAAUUUUCAAGUGUUGUGUUGUUCGGAAGUACGUCUGGGUGAUUCAUAACACCAAUAGAAGAACAAAUUCAUAGGAGCGCAAGGAUCUCCAUGGCCUUUUCUCCAGAUAGGAUUGUUGAGAUGGUGACUUCGGAAGUAUGUUCCAUUCUUCUUCUAGCAAAGUGAAAAAAAUAAAAAAUUGAGAUUUUAGAGGGGAGAAAAAAAAAAUGAAACGUACAUGAAAAUACAUGAAGUGUGUACAUAGUAUUUGCCCUGGAUUAUUUAGUCCAUCUUUAUAAUAAUUUUUUA